UUAAGACUGGUAUCAAAGUGCAAUGAUGUUACGUCAAAACUGGUUGUGCUGAGCAUGUGUCAAGACUGGCAUCAAUUGUGCAAUGAUGUUACGUCAAGACUAGCUGCAGACGUCAAGCCUAGGUGUUGUUUGUUGAGCAUACGUCAAGACUGGCAUCAAUUGUGCAACGAUGUUACGUCAAGACUGGACUUAUCAGGCAUAAAUAAGGAAUUUUUCAUACACCUUACUACUGGAACAGUGGGGUAUAUAUACUUUUCUACAGAAAAUAGUCAGAUUAUGGGAUUCAAUCCCUAUUCCCUGAUUGGUCCUAUAGACAGAUUAGGGUUAGG